GAGAAGCUUGCGUGUUUUUAACAAUUCUGCUUAAAAUUGCUGUUACUAAAGUAAUAAUAAUGCAGUGAUAAAGUUACGGAUACAACUGGGGAAGACACUGCGCGGACUUUGGACAAAAACACAACGGUUGAAGGAUGACAGGAGGAUAGAGGUUGCUGAAGUUUCCCUGGGAAAGACGCUGAACUUCUACCAGCUUCGUGGGGCGCUGCACUGUAGCUGACCUUGCUUUGGAGGGACAAACAAUGAACAAGUUGCCCUGUUGGUGCAAUAAAGGGUCUUGUAUAAGUGAUUGAUGAGCAUUUGACGAUGAGGAAGUGGGAAGACAGACUAAAGAAGGUGGAGCAGCUUGCUCAGUCGUUCCAGCUUAAUCCUCUGGCGGCACCCUACAAACCUCGACUGUGGCCGUGCCAGCCUUCCUCUGUGUGGAAGCUCUUUCCACGUCAAAGUAUGGCUAUCAGCUUCGCUCGGAGCUGCAAAGAGGCUGUGCAUGUUUUUGCACUUGAAAAAGAAAAGGCAUCCCUGGGUCAAAGAAUCUUCCUGGUUACCAGUUACAGUGAGCUGUGGCAUUACUACAGGACCUAUACACAGUCCUUGAUGCACUGCUAUGAGGUGAUACCAGAGGGCGCUGUUUGUAAGCUUUACUUUGACUUGGAGUUCCACAAGCCCUCAAACAAAGGAGCUGAUGGGAGAACCAUGGUCUCUUUACUUACCCAGUAUGUCUGCGACAAACUAAUGGAAGUUUAUGGGAUUGCGUGCUCAGCAAAAAAUGUCCUCAAUCUUGACUCCAGCACAGACGAGAAGUUCAGUCGACACCUCAUCUUCAAUCUCCAAAAUGCAGCUUUCAAAGACAACAUACAUGUGGGAAGGUUCAUUCUUAAAAUUCUUCAGCCAGUCCUGAGCACGCCCCAAAGUUGCUUGAAUGACGGAAAUAAUUCAGCGGCAGAAAACAGCGAAACACGCAAAACACAUGCUAUAUCUGAGGAGACGUCAGCAAAAGCAGAUGAGACGUCUGAGAGUCCGCAAGCUAAGAGACGCAAGCAGAAAGACAGAGACCUCAGGUUCCUUCAGGUGAAAAACAAGGAUGGCCAAGACUGCCUCUUUGUUGAUCUUGGCGUGUACACCAAGAACAGAAAUUUCCGCCUUUACAAGUCAUCAAAAGUGGGAAAGAACGCUGCAUUCACCGUGGCUGACGACAACAAGUUCAAUGAGAAACCUGAGAAGGGCAUUACUCCAGAGGAAAGCGUGUUCCUGGCUUCGUUAGUCUGCAAUGUGAGUUUUACAGGUCAAACAAUUCUGACGUCUGACGGCCCUGAAACAAAGGAAUCUUCGAGGCCUCGUUGUCAUCAGGGAUCAGACACAAAUCAAGGUUCACUUUCUGGCUGCCUGUGGUCCCCUCAUCAAGAAGUGGACAACUAUGUGUUAACUCUGGUUCAAAGAGAUGGUGUACAUGGAAGCAUCAGACGAUGGAACUACUUUGUUGCCGAACAACUGCUCGUCUACGACAUCGCAAAAUACCGCUGGUGUCAAAAUGUGGAAAGGUUCCAUAAAAGCAACAACAUCAUGAUUGUUGUGGACCUCAAAGAGGAAGUGUGGUACCAGAAGUGUCAUGAUCCCGAAUGCAAGAACUUCCGGUCCUCCAGUUACCCACUGCCACAGGAGAUCUGUGUCAGCUACAUCAUGACAUUAGAUGAAGAAGACCAGGCUUACUUAAUGGACGAUGCUGGUAACAUCGAACCAAGUCAGGCACCAACCCAGGCCCCCGAGAGCACAGUGUGUCUAAAGGAGGAAUCGGCUGACGUGUGGGGAGACGGACAGGAUGACAAGGACUUUUUAGAGAGCCUGGACGACUUUGAGCAAAGCAGCGGAGAAAUCUCUGAUCAACUUCUGCUUGAAUGUAUGGCAGAUUUUGACUCCAAGUAGAGGGAAGCCAUUUCCCGAUGUCUCCUGUGUGCAGCCAUCCAUCCUCGUCGAUUGCUUCUGCUGUUUUCUCAGGAUCUUUG